AUGCCUCAUGCAGUAUCGUCCGCACAAGACUUGAGCAGAAGCCAGGAAGACACUGUUCUCCCAGAUGCAGCCUCCCAGGACCACAUGAGCGAGUCCCAAGACAUUGCCAUGGACGACUCGCCUACGGAACGUGAGAAAUCCACUACAAAGGGCCUCGACGACAUGUUUGACGAUGAUGAUGACGACGACGACGAGUUCUCCUCGAGCGCUGCAACUCACCUGGCCGACAGCUCACAACCGAAGCCGCAAUCAGCACCAUCGGCCAAGUUUUCCUCCCCAGAGAUACUCCGUCAAUUCUAUCAACGGUUGUGUCCCUUUCGUCAGCUAUUUCAAUGGCUGAAUCAUUCCGCAACGCCACAGCCAGACUUCCAGAAUCGCGAGUUCUCUUUCUGGUUGCCUGACAACAAAGUCAUCCGGUAUUUGUCGUUUCCAACUGCCGACUUGUUACGGAAACAGUGCGUACAGAUGGCGCCCGAACGUUUCGAAAUAGGACCACAGUACUCGAUAAAUCCGAAGGACCGCAAGACGUUGAAGAAAGCUUCCGCUUUCAAGCCCGUGAUGAAGGAGCUGGUGUUUGAUAUCGACAUGACAGAUUACGACUCCAUCCGAACGUGCUGCCAAGGAGCGAAGAUUUGCAUCAAAUGCUGGCAGUUCAUUGUCAUGGCUAUCAAGGUCGUUGACACUGCAUUGAGAGAGGACUUUGGCUUUCAGCACAUCAUGUGGGUGUACUCGGGACGAAGAGGCGCUCACGCUUGGGUCAGUGACAAGCGUGCGCGUGAGAUGGACGAUUCCAAACGAAGGGCUGUUGCCAACUACCUGGAAGCCAUACGCGGGAAUGAGAAUGGGAAAAGAAACGCCUUCAGACGUCCUCUGCACCCGCACAUCGAGCGAAGCUUGAAGAUAUUGACGCCAUAUUUCUCGUCCGACGUGCUUGCCGAGCAAGAUCCUUGGGAAUCUGACGCGCAGGCGGAGAAGCUCAUCAAUCUCCUGCCGGACAGUACCCUGACAGAUGCUCUGAAGAAGAAGUGGGACACUUCUGCUCGGAGCUCAUCCCAAAAGUGGGCAGACAUCGACUCCGUUGCGGAAGCUGGCAAUCUCUCUACUCUCAAUCCAAAGCAGCUGGUGGAGACGAAGCAGGACAUCAGACUGGAAUACACGUACCCCCGUCUUGAUGCUGAGGUCUCCAAGAAGCUCAAUCAUUUGCUCAAGUCGCCAUUUGUCAUCCAUCCCGGCACAGGACGCGUAUGUGUGCCAAUCGAUAUGAGGCGUCUGGAGGAAUUUGACCCAUUCACUGUCCCCACCGUGACGCAAUUGCUUGGGGAGAUUGAUGAGUGGGAGACGAAGAAAGGAGCUGACAUGAGCGACGAGGAGAAGUCCAAAGUGCAGGAUUGGCAAAAGACGAGCUUGAAGCCGUACAUUGAAUACUUCAGAGGCCAUGUAGCGGCCUUGAUCAAGGAGGAGGGCAAAGGCAAGCGAGGCAGAGAUGAAGAUAGCAUGGAGUUCUGA